AUGCUCAUCAAGGAAGAAUGUCUACAACUUAUCGCAAACCAUCGUACAGACGAAGUUGUUGUCACGACAAUGGGAACUACCGUGCCGUGGGGCAAAAUAUCAACACAUCCUUUGGACUACGCCUCCGUCGGAAGUGCGAUGGGACACGCCGCCGACUUCGCACUCGGCAUCGCACUUGCUAAACCGGAUAAAAAGGUAAUCGUGCUCAACGGUGACGGAAGCAUGCUGAUGUGUUUAGGUACUUUGGCGACGAUUACCGCCCUGAACACACCACCACUUAACUAUCUGCUUUUCGUCUCUGACAACGGCACCUACGAAGUCACGGGCAAUCAACCGGUGCCCGCUGGCAAUGCAGGUUUCAGUUGGACCACGAUUGCGAGAGGUGUCGGUUUUGAGCAGGUUUAUGAAUUUGACGAUUCAAACGCACUUGAUGAAGCACUCCCGAAGAUCUGGAAUGAAACUGGACCCACUUUUGUGAACCUAAAGAUUGCGCAAGCGGACGAACCGCCACCUGAUCGGUGGGGUGGUUUUCCGUACCCAUAUCUGCAAGAGUCACUCGCCGAAUCUACGCAUAAGUUAAAACAAGCACUCGCAAGGUAG